AGUCAAUCAUACCCACGAUUAAGUCGGUAAAAGUGAUAAAUGUAUUUACUGAGAUAACAGUAUAUUGUGAAGUUUUUAUUUCUAAUUUAUGGGUUACUUUGAUACAAUUUUGUAAUGUGAAAAAUGAAGAGAAAGAGGGGAUGAUCGUGUAGAUCAACCGAUAAUGGAGGAAACCAACAGAAUCAAUGUGAAACAGAAACUGAACUCAUCAGUGGAUGAAGAUCCAGAGUCUAAAAAUAAUGUCCUGGUUCCCAUUGCGAAUAUAAACUGUUAUUUAACGUGUGGAAUUUGUAAAGGAUAUUUAUAUGAGGCAUCAACUAUUACAGAUUGUAUGCAUACAUUCUGUAAAAGCUGUAUAGUCAAGUUUACAGAGAAGAAUGUCCACUGUCCAACCUGUAAUAUAGUCAUUCACCCAACAGAACCUCUCAUAAAUAUAAAGUUAGAUAGAACAUUACAAGAUAUUUUAUACAGUCUUUUACCACAUGUUGCUCAAGAGGAACAAGAAAGAGAGAAAAAAUUCUAUGAAAUACAUGGUAUAGAAAAAAAAUAUGUUCCUGCCUACAUCACUCCAUGUAUUAAACCAACUAUAAAACACGAUGUUGAACAUAAGUUUGAUGUAAAACCAGAAGUUAUCCCCCCAGUUUCUCUUCUUUUAAAUUAUGGAGGAUGUUCUUCUGGUAUCAUUUUGAAGGCCUUAGAAAAAAGAUAUUUACGGGUGACUGGUGGUGCUACCAUUUGUCAUGUGGUACAGUUUUUAAGAAAGAAAUUAACCCUGAAAGACUAUCACCAGGUAAAUUUAUACUGUAGUUGUGGUUCGAGUAAUAUAUGUUUAGACGGUACUAGAACAUUACAAGCUGUUAAAGAUCUCUAUUCAAGUACAAAGGAUAUUUUGGAGCUUGAGUAUCAUGUUUUAUCUACCUGUGUGAUGUAGACAUUGUUAUCUUGGAUAUAAAAAUAUCCUACAGUCUACGAUAAAAAAACAAUUAUCCAAUAGUCGUAAGAUAAAAAGACAGGAUAAAAAGACAAUCAUUCUAUAGUCUAGGAUAUUAAGACAAUCAUCCUAAAGUCUAGGAUGAAAAGACAAUCAUCCAGCAGUCUAGGAUAAAAAGACAAUUAUCCUACAGUCUAGGAUAAAAAGACAAUCAUCCUACAGUCUAAAAUAAAGAAAGACAAUCAUCCUACAGUCUAGGAUAAAAAGAGACAUUCAUCCUACAGUCUAGGAUAAAAAGACAAUUAUCCAACAGUCUUAAGAUAAAAAGACAAUUAUAUAUCCUGUAGUCUAGGAUAAAAAGACAAUCAUCCAACAGAUAUGUUAUAUUGUACAUUAAUCAAUCAAACUGUAUAUUUUACCGGUUAUUGGGCAUUAAAGGUGUUCAAGGUUUCUACAAGGCGAAUAUUUAAAGCACCUGCUAAGUUAACAAUUCCAGUAAAUAUUAGAUAGGUUUAAGUAAACGUGGUUUGAACUGUACAUUUCAAUUGACCAUGAAGGUGUUUAAUGAAAUAUUCAAGUUUUUCUGUUGAAUAGUAUUUAAAACACAUUUUAAAGGCUCGAUGCAUCAUUUGGAGCUUUAGGAAUCCCUUGAAAUCUACAAUAUUGUAAAAGUUCAAUCACUUAUAAGAAUAUUAGACUAAAAAUUGUUCAGUUCCAUUCAGUAUUUACAAAGAUAUGAUAAAUUAAUAUAUUUAGCUCUAUAAAGAUCCCUUGUAAACAAUAUUGAUGCGCCAUUUAGUGCUAUAAGAUUCCCUGGCAAGCUACAAUAUUGUGAAUAUCAAUCCAAAAAUGGCUCAAUUCAAUUCAAUAUGUACAAAGGUAUCAUGUGGAAUUGAAAUUACAUUGAUAAAUUUAGCUCUAUAAGAAUUCCUUUCAAACGACAGAUAUUGUAAAAGUUAAAUCUCUAAUAGGAAUAUUAGUCCAAAAAUGGUUCAAUUCUGUUCAAUAUUUACAAAGUUAUGAUAAGUUGAAAUUUCAUUGAUAUAUUUAGCUCUAGAAGAAUUCCUUGCUAACUACAAUAUUGUGAAAGUUCAAUAUCAGUCCAAAAUGGUUCAAGUCCGUUCAGUAUUUACGAGUUAUGAAGAACUGGAAUUUAAUCAAUCUAUGCUGCUGGAGCAUAACAAGACGUCGCCAUUUGACGGUAGCGGAGAAACCGAAUGGGUCUAGUUUAAAUCUGAUUGAAUCCAAUUUGGGAAAUUAUCUAGUAUUGUUAUAUGAUUUUGUUUAAACAUGCAUUAUGGAAGAUUAGAUAAAGAGCUGGCAGUUCUCAAUAUAAUAGUUAGAAACUAGAUAAUGUAAAGGGAAUAUGCUGAAAAUUUCAGUCAAAUUGAUCCACUCUGAACCCAGAUUUUAUCGAUUAAAUUUUAGGUUUGCUUAAAGGGGUAUUAUGGAAGUUUAUAUAAAGAGCUGACAGUUCUCACUAUAAUAGUUAAUAACUAGAUAAUGUAAAGGGAAUAUGCUGAAAAUUUCAGUCAAAUUGCUUCACUAAGCCAAGAAAACCUUAUUUUAAAAUCACUGUAGACUUGAUUGUCAUUGUUACCGAGUCACGAUAAUUAACAAAGUCUUGAUUAUCCGUUGUUACGUUAAUCAUCUAAGGGCGUUAAACAGCAGAUCAGAUUCAAAUCCAAUGAAAAUCAGACAGAUAAGACGGCAUCAAGAGUUGAUUAUAGUCUUUUCAUAUUAAUAAUUAAUGUCUGACUGAUAGUUUAUAUAACAUUUUAGGCUUAAAGAAAGACCCACAAUAGGCAGAUUUAGCUCUUGCAUAAUGUAUGUUUAAUGGUGAGAAAUUUGAUAUUUUAGCAAAAGUGCUAGUGAUGCAUCAAGCCUUUAAAUUGUAUUUAAAAGUACAAAGUAGUUGGUUACUAUGGUAAACCAUGCUUUUUAUUUCAUUAUUAUUACCACUUUGUUUGACGUUGAUUUUAUAUGAUUGGACCCUUUAAUAGAAAAACCCAAUAUCUGUACAGGGUCCUGUUUCUUGAAAUCUUAACUAAAGAUAAAAUCCAAAAUUUUGAUUGGCUAAGCACUUAAAUCAGUCUAAUAUUAUCCAAUCACAUUUACUAAAAUUUGGAUUUUCUUAGUUAAAAUUACAUGAAACAGGCCUCAGGCUGUAAUAGAUGUUUGGUUAAAACAAGGGCAGAUAAUUCCAGCUGAUAUUAGAGUAAUAAUAUAUAUUGUUUAUUAUUGUUUUUAAGUUACUAAAAUGUUUAAAUAAAUAGGGAGAUUCUAAUUGUAGGCCGGUUGGGGAGGUUCGGGUAUUUCCGGGAGUCCAAAAUGGCCGCUUUAUAUAAAUGAGUAUUUUGGGGAAUACUAACCCUAACCCUAACCCUUUUAAGAGGGAUAAAAGAUAAAUUGGAUCCAAGUUCAGUCUUCUAAAAAGGGUUAGGGUUAGGCCUAAUAUUACCCCAUAAUUCUCAUUUAUAUAAAGCGGCCAUUUUGAUCUCCAGAAACACUCGAACCUCCCUGACCAGCCUGCAAUAAGAAUCUCCCAAAUAAAUAUUCUUAUCUUGUUAUGUUAUUGUUAAUGUUUGUAUCAGUUGGUUAUUGUUGUUUAAUCUUAAAAUUUGUUUUUAACUGAUUAUUUUGUGUUUAUAUUAUAACAUGUUGGUUUACAUAAUUGUAGUUUCACUUUUCUUUUUUUUUCUUUAGGCCAAAUAAACAAAUACCUUUGUUUACGGUUACUUGGUAACAAAAAUAGGGUCGAUCAGAGAAUCUUAUUGCCCCCUUUUUUUUCGUUGGCUUUGUGGGAUCAGAUGGAAUAUAUCUUUUAAUAACCCCCAUCAAUGCUUGAAGGUGGGGGGUGGAUGGCCGAAUGGUUAGAAUGUGCGCGCUGUAUCAUAAGGUCUGUCUUUGAGUCAACUAGGGUGGUUUCGAUUCCCCGGUUGUACGUGACAAGGAGUAGAGUCGCCUGUCCAACCUCGUGGGUUUUCUCCGGGUCCUCCGGUUUCCUCCCACUGCUAAAGACCCCUACGCGCAAGCGAAUUAUUGAAAUAAAAUUAAACUAUAUGUUUGUCCCGAAAUGACCUAGUUUGUGUCGAGUGGACAUUAAACCCCAUCUCUCUCACUCUCUCAUCAAUGCUUGCAGUCUAUAGCCGUUGUGAUGUCAUUUUGAAUUAUUUUCUAGCUUAAUUACUGAGUAAGGUUCUUUAAAAUAAUGCUGAUUUCGGCCGUAAUAAAUACCAAAAUUCCAGUGUGUGCAGAAAACCUUGCCAAUGCCGCAAUACGGAUUUAUAGGACAGGA